AAUAACACUUCUGAAACAGAAUGUGGCUUACCUUUUGCCUGAAAAGGUGAAAUCUUUCCAAAUAGAAAUGGCUGAUAAAGGUGGGAAGAUCCUUCCAGGACAGUUGUACAUUGAAGUGGAGUACGACUAUGAGUAUGAGGCCAAAGACAAGAAAAUUGUGAUUAAGCAAGGGGAGAAAUACAUCUUAGUGAAAAAGACUAACGAUGAUUGGUGGCAAGUCAAAAGAGAUGAAAAUUCCAAACCCUUUUAUGUGCCAGCACAGUAUGUAAAGGAAAUACCACGAAAAGCGCUGAUGCCACCUGUUAAGCAAGCAAGCAUGCUGCCAAAUAACUCUUCGAAGCUGACACAUGGAUUACAGAGAUCAACUGAAAAUGUGAAUAAGUCACCAGAGCUUUCUAGUUUUGGAAAAUCUUCUCCAGUUCAAGUGUCUUGCUUAGUUCGAGAUGCCAAUCAAAAUCUGGGACCGAACAAUAGUCCUGGUCAAACUCUUGGUUUGAGUCUGGACCUUACCCAAAACAAUGGAAAACUUAACAAUGAAUUGCAGUCUCCCAAGGUUUCUAAUCAGUAUAGAACCGUUUCCAUGGGUCACUUCCCAUGUCCAGAGUUCUUGGAAAUAGAGAAGACCAGCUUUUUGCAUGAACAAUCUUGUGAUUCAGCAGGAGAAGGCUCAGAAAAAAUUCACCAGGAUUCGGAGUCUGGAGAUGAACUCAGUAGUAGCUCCACAGAACAAGUGCAGCCGACUACUCCACCAAGCCAAGGGAGGCCUGAUUCACCAGUUUAUGCUAAUUUACAAGAACUGAAAAUAUCUCAGUCUGCACUUCCACCACUACCUACAAGUGCUCCGGUCCAAAUAAAUGGGGAAUGGGAAACCCAUAAAGAUACGACAGGACGCUGUUAUUACUACAACAGAGGAUCACAGGAACGAACCUGGAAACCUCCGCGGUGGGCCCGAGAUGCAAGCAUUAAUAAAGGGGAUUCCCAGAGCCAUGCAGAUCAUGAGCAUCUUUCAUCAGAAGAAAACGACCACAGUUCUUGUUACAGCCAGUCAGAUAGUCAGUAUGGUUCUCCUCCAAAGGGUUGGUCAGAAGAGUUGGAUGAACAUGGUCAAACCUUAUAUACCAAUGACUAUACUAAUGAAAAGUGGAUAAAACAUGCAGAUGAACAAGGUAGACCAUACUACUAUAGUGCUGAUGGUUCCCGAUCAGAAUGGGAGUUACCUAAGUAUAAUGCUUCACCACAGCAGCAGAGAGAUAUAAUAAAGAGUAGGAGUCUGGACAGGAGGCUACAAGAACCAAUAGUUUUAACAAAAUGGAGGCACAGCACAAUUGUGUUGGACACCAACGAUAAGGAAUCAUCAACUGCUUCUAAGGCCAGUUUUCCUGAAAAUGAGUCCUCUCCUUCUUCACCAAAGCAUCAAGCCACAGGUCAAGAGAAGUAUGGGUUAUUGAAUGUGACAAAAAUUACAGAAAAUGGCAAGAAAGUUCGAAAGAACUGGAUGUCAUCAUGGGCAGUGUUACAAGGUUCAUCACUACUGUUCACUAAAACCCAAGGAAGUGGAACUGGCUGGUCAUUUUGCCAAGGGGGCUCAAUUCCUGAGCUCUUGCUCUCGCUGCUUUCUUCUUGGAAAAAUGCUCUCAGUUGUCGACCUGCUGUCACCUAUGUAAACUCUGACCAAGUUUCAGCUAUCACUAAGUUUGGUGUCAAUCAGUCUAAGCCAGAAUUUACAGUGGAUCUCAAAGGGGCAUUGAUUGACUGGGCCUCAAAGGACAAAUCCAGCAAAAAGAAUGUUAUUGAGCUAAAAACCCGCCAAGGAACUGAGCUCUUAAUUCAAUCUGAUAAUGACAGCUUUAUUAAUGAAUGGUACAAAGUAUUUAACUAUACGAUCAACAAUCAGGUAGUAGAGUCUGAUGAAGCAUUAGAAGAUGAUGUACCAGACUCCCCUGGGGUGGAAAAACAAGACAAAGAGAAAGAGAAUAAAGACUCUAAGAAACUUCGUUCAGUGAAAGCACCUAGCAAUAUAGAUUCUACAGAUCAGAAAAAGACCAAAACGAAGCUCAAGAAGUUUCUUACACGGCGCCCUACAUUACAAGCUGUCCGUGAAAAAGGCUACAUUAAGGAUCAAGUGUUUGGUUCCAAUCUCACCAGCUUGUGUCAAAGAGAAAACAGCACGGUGCCAAAGUUCGUGAAGCUGUGCAUUGAGCAUGUUGAGGAACAUGGAUUAGAUGUUGACGGCUUAUACCGAGUUAGUGGCAAUCUUGCAGUGAUACAGAAGCUAAGAUUUGCAGUAAACCAUGAUGAGAAACUAGACUUGAAUGAUAGUAAAUGGGAAGAUAUACAUGUCAUCACAGGAGCGUUAAAGAUGUUUUUCAGAGAAUUGCCAGAGCCGCUGUUCACUUAUAAUCACUUCAAUGACUUUGUCAAUGCAAUUAAACAAGAACCAAGGCAGCGUGUCCAUGCUGUUAAAGAUUUAAUCAAACAGUUGCCAAAACCAAAUCAGGACACUAUGCAGGUACUCUUUAGACACCUGAAGAGAGUUGUAGAAAACGGAGAAAAGAACCGAAUGACCUAUCAAAGUGUAGCAAUAGUUUUUGGUCCAACCUUAUUAAAACCAGAGAAAGAGACUGGUAACAUAGCAGUCCACACAGUAUACCAGAAUCAGAUUGUAGAAUUAAUUCUACUGGAAUUGAAUUCCAUCUUUGGACGCUGAUAUUUUUCUUGGAGUAGAAACUGGAAGUGAUGGGUUUGCAGCAGUACUCCAUCAGAAGGAAAAUCUCUUGCUGUACAUGAUGUAUUAUGUUUGUGGACCAAGCAGCAACUUGUUUUUUGCACUUUUGGGGAGGGGAGAAACAGGAGAAAUGUUUGACCACUUUAAUGCAAAUUAAAGACAACACUUUGGAUUUCUUUGAAAAGUUCAAUGUAAAAAGUGAAUUGAAAAGGUUAUAGUUUGUCUUUUUUUAAAGUAGCAUUGGAAAAAUGUAAUAUAGGUUCAUACACUGGAUUUCUUGGAGAGUAAAGCUAUUAAUCUCAAGCUGGAUAAUCUGGAAUUUAAUCUUAAAAUUCUUCCACUUGGUAGGGAAAAGUCCUACCAACUGGCAUGGAAAAAUUCAGUGAAGUUACAUCUUAAGCUUGUGUAUUACAACCUACUCAGAUCCGUAUGACACUUUUCCAAGGGGUUUCUGCAUGCAGUGACUGUAUUAAACUUGUGCUAACAGUUUGGUUUAGUUAUUCAAAUCUAAUUCCUCACUUGAUACCUGCUGUCCUUUCUCCUU